GAGCAGGGCGGCUCCGGGCGCCUGUUGGGCGGUCUCGGCUCGUGCUGGGGUGCCCCCCGCCUCCCCGCUUGCGUGCUGGCUGCUCUCCGCUUCCAGGCCGCGAGUGGCACAGGGGUGCUUGGCCACGGGCGUUUGGGUUCGGCUGCACAAGUCUAGGAAGCUCUCUCCCUUCCUACAUUAGUAAUAAAAGUGCUGGCGCUUAGGUAGACCAGGCUGCCUGCUGCCCAUGGCUUUCAGGGACGUGAAUGCAAGAAGACAUAUUGGACUUCAGCAACUCUCAUCCUUGGCAGUAGCUGGAAGAACAUUAUUGGGGCCAAUGAAAUCAUGUAAAUUCAUUGUGGAUGAAAGCACCAACCAAAGCACGUUGAUUUGUUCUGCUGUUAGACUGAUUGAAAGUUUGGAUUUAACUACUGCUGCUGGACAGCUUCUUAAUGAAACCAUUCAGGCACAAAACAAGGAGUUUAAGACUGGGAUGAGUACCCUGUUGUUUCUCGCUGGUGCGUGGAGCAAUGCUAUAGUGGAGUGCCUCCAGCAGAAUGUUCCUGUUUCAGCAAUAGUAUCUGUGAUGACCGAGGGGUUGAACUCUUGCUGUGAGAGAGUCCAGUGUCUUCAAAUAGCAAUACAUGAUGUAAAUAAAGAGCUGUGUUCUAGCAGUGUUAAGCCAAAUGCUUUUAAAAACAAAACUCACCAAAUUGGAUGUGACAGUCUCCUAAAUCCUCAGAUUUCCCUGUAUCCUCAGAAAGAUAUUUCUGCACCAGAAGAAGUAAUUCCAAUAAAUUCUUGUUCCCGUCAAGAAAAUGAUUGUAAUUUUAACGAGGACUUGGUUUCACCUUUGGCCAGCUUUGGUUCAAUAGCUUCUCUUGUCAAACCGGCGGGUGACAGAAGUACAUCUGUGAUUUCUGGAAGUGAUGUUUUCGCAUCCAGCUGUAACAAACAAAAGUUAACCCAUAGCAGAUACUUCAGCACUCUAGGAACAUGCAAUUUUUCAAAUCAUCAAAGUAGCUUUCAGGGAUACCUUUCAGGACCGUCAGCAGAUCCAUGUGAAUGUUACGGUUUAGGACACCUGGCCAUGGCUCUGAGCCACGGAAAUCAGGCUAGCACAAAACUGCUACAAAGCAUCGUCAAGUAUCAACAAGAGAGAGCAGAAUACAGUGGCUCUUCCCAGUUUAAUAUUGCAGAAAUUGUGACGUGCUGUUUACUGGGCCUGCCUGAAAGCUAUUCUCAUGUCUCCCCAGGAUUUGUCACAUUAGUAUCACCAGAACAAGCCACAGUUAUCAAAUACAUUGAAGACAAACCCCUUCGGAUUCUGCUAAUGGAUGGUGACUUAAGUGAACAAUAUCGUCACUUAGGUUUUAAUAGACCAUGUAACGUAAGGACCAUAUUGGAGCAUCCUAGACUACAGGAAGGCAGAGAAGGAGACUUGUGGCUAAGCAGUAUGUUAGAUAUUCUGAUAAGCUUUGAAGUAAACUUGGUUUUGGUCAAAGGGAAUGUGUGUGAAAACUUAAUGGAAAGAUGCAUAGCAAACAGUGUCUUGGUAAUUGGUUCUGUGUCUCGGGAUGUGUUGUGUGCCUUUGGGGAGGUCACCAGUGCCCAGCCAGUGACAUACCUCACCCAGGUGAACGCUGGUUGCGUGGGGAGUGGGGCCCAAGUGGAGCUGUGGAAGGUCUGCGACGGGCGUGCAAUGGAUUUGGGUGAGCUUGUGCCAGUCAGGAUAAAGGCGCGAGGAAUUCCGCUGCUCACGGCCGUGCUUACCACCACUGUAGCAUCAAAGAUGCAGCUCAUUGAAGACCAGUUCUGGACUUUAGCAUAUCGACUCCAUCACGCUUUAAAUGACAAGAAGGUUUUUCUUGGUGGUGGUGCAGUGGAGCUCUUGUGCCUUAGUCACAUUCAGACGCUUGCAGAACAGCCUUUAGAGCCAGCAAAUAAAAAUGCCAUGAAAGCGUUUCACAUUCCUUGGCUGGCAGCAUCUGCGACAGAGUAUAAAUCAGUUGUGCUGCCAGCAUUAGCAAGCGGCUGGAAGCAGUAUCUUUCAGUGGUUAUGUGUAACACUGCGAAAGCUGCAUCGGAGUUGGAAGCAUGUACCUUAGUUGAUCAUCACCUCAAAAAAGCAGCUGACUGUGGCUCUCCCUCGGCAUAUAUAUGGAAAGAGUUUAGAAGAGGUGAUCUGCUCAGGGGUGGCUCUGGUCCCUUUGCUGACCAUGGGGUGGGUUUAAACGUUUAUGAUAAUGUUACAGCUAAGACAGAGGCGUGGCGGAGAGCUCUAGACUUGGUGCUACUAGUCCUUCAAACAGAUGCUGAAAUUAUCACAGGUCCCAAAAGGAAUCAGCUAUUGAAGUCACAAGUGUCAAGUGAAUUUAUGUUUUUAUAGGACUUGCAGGCUUUAUUUAUAGGUCCAUGAAUUGGUGGAAGAAGUCCAGGUGCAGCCUACAUUUCUUUAUCAUUUAUAAAGUAAAUGUUUAGAUGUGAUUAUGACUUUAGUGUAACAGCAGAAAUCAAAAUGUGAGACAGUCACAAGGUAGAUACAAUUUCUCAUUUCUAGAACCAGGAGUUAAAUAACAAA